AUGUUCCUGAAAACGAAAGAAAAUUGCCUUUUAUGGUUAUAUUAUCUCUGGCUCAACUGUUUCUUUUUUCGCUUUCUUUUUUUUUCUUUCUCGCAUCCAACUCUUCUCAUCACUGUUAUUUUCUUCUCUUUCCUUCCGUUGUCGUUUGUUUCUCGUUCUCAAUCUAUCUGUCUUUCUCUCUGUGAUUUUCUUUCCGUCUGCCGUCUCUCUCUCUCUCUCUCUCUCUCUGUCUCUCUCUCUCUCUGUGACCUUCCCUUCUGCCAGCUCUUUCACCCUCUCUAUUUCUCUUUCUGUGCUCUUCUUUCCAUUCGCCGUCGUCUUUCUCUCUUCUCUCUUUCUCUCUCUCCCUGCUGUUUCUCUCUCUCUCUGUGCCGUCUCUCUUUAUCUCUCUCUCUCUCCCUCCCUGUCGUCUCUCUUUAUCUCUCUCUCUCCCCGUCGUCUCUCUUUCUCCCCGUCGUCUCUCUCUCUCUCUCUCUCCCUCCCUGCCGUCUCUCUUUCUCUCUCUCUCCCUCCCUGUCGUCUCUCCCUUCCCUGUCGUCUCUCUCUCUCUCCCCCUCCCCUGUCGUCUCUCUUUCUCUCUCUCUCCCUGCCGUCUCUCUUUCUCUCUCUUUCUCUCUCUCCUGCCGUCUCUUUUCUCUCUCUCUCCCUGCCGUCUCUCUUUCUCUCUCUCUCUUUCUCUCUCUCUCUCCCUGCCGUCUCUCUUUCUCUCUCUCCCUCCCUGUCGUCUCUCUUUCUCUUUAUCUCUCUGUGAUUUUUUCGUUUGCCAUCUCUCUUUCUAUCUGUGCUUUUCUCUCUAUCUAUCAUUCUCUCUCAUAUACAUACAUAUAUCUUGAUCUAUACAUAUUUAUCUAUCUAUAUCUUUCUAUUUAUCGAUUAAUUGGUCUAUCUAUCUAUAUCUAG